CACUCUUCCCCCUCUCCCUCCCCCCGUGCGAAAACCGGCGCCCAUCUGUGACCCGCCGCCGAAAAUCCCGCCUGUCUCCCGGCAGGAGCUCUUCUAUCGCGGCGAAAGCAUGGGCUGCACCGUGAAACUGGUGGGGCCUGAUAUGACGGCCGGCAUGGAGCUGACGAUGGCGCUGCAGGACACCAUUUGUGACUUGAGAAAGGCCGUGUAUGACCGUCUGGCGGCGGCCUCCGCCCCAGCAAACGAGAGUGGGGGGGCAAGCCCCGCCCCCGCCGGGGCAGCCACCGCGCCGCAGCAGCAGCCCCCGAAGCUCGAGCAGCUCCGCGUGAUCUAUCAGGGCCGCUUCGUCUCGGACGACAAGCCCAUCAAAGAGCUCAAGGUGGAGGAGGGAGGGACGACCUGUGUGCACAUAGUCGUGCGGAGUCUCGAGUCCAAGAAGCCGGACCCCAAAUCGCCGUGCGACGACAAAAACUCGACGCGAUGCCUCGGGAUUCAGUGCACGAUCAGCUAGCCUCACAGCCCUAUCCUGCCUAUGCUCGCCAGAGCGUGCGACGCUCUUGCACCUCGUACGACCGGCGCCGCCGGUGCCGACAGCGCAGAGGGGUGCCGCCCCUGAUUCCUCUGCUGCCUCCCGCUCCACUGCUUCCCUCGCUCCGUGUCUAGCGCCCACCCGACCUUGCCGUGGGGUGGCAUUUACGUGCCCGCCCGCGUCGCGAGGGGGUCCUCUGUCUACAGUGCGGGAGGGGUGAGGGUAGGGUCUCGGCGCACCGUGCGUGCCGUGCGCGCGGUUCUGCCCAUGUCGAUGGUGGAGAGGGGCAUUCUGGAGAGGCGAGAGGGUUUGGAGCGCGCGAGAGUCGAGCGGUCGGGAGCGACGCCGGUCGCCGCAGCCAAACACCGGCUCAGGGGUCUCAGGUGGUGCCGCGUGUCGGGACGUCUCGCAGGGGCUGGGCUUUUUACUUGAUGUCGGAUUCUGAACAACCCGCGCCUCACCUCA